AUGCAGCCCUCGACGUUCUUCCAGUCGCUCUUUGCCUUCACUCUCCUCUUCCCGCUCGCUCUUUGCGGCGACGGAGAGAAAGCCAACGUCUACAAGGAAGAACACGUCUACGACAUCCUCCAGCCCGGUCAAUGGUCCUCGCCCUUCGAAGUCACCUACAACACAGGCUGGCUUACCACAGGCCGAGACUGGUGGCUCGUGCUUGGGCACAACGACAACGACCCGAUCGGCAAGAACUCCAUGUCUCAAUUCUACACCGACCCGGAGAACUUCCAAGACAUCAUCAACUGGCUCGAGAGUGCGGCGCCGACUUUGAUCGGCGCUGCGCUGACAGCGGCUGAGAUCCUUCAACCUGAGCUCGCGGCCGUUACAGCGGUGGCUGGAGUUGCGGCGGAAGCUCUGUGUACCGCGAUGCUCAACGAUGCCGCCACGGCCGGAUACAAGCAGCACAUCUUGACGGACGAAGAUAAGGGCAAAGUCUUGCAGAUCUGGAUCAAUAACGACGGCACCGUCAACUUCAUCUCUCCAUCGGGACGCUCGGACACGGAGUAUGAGACUAGACAAGUUGGGUUGGGACUCUAG